ACUGGAGUGAAUAAUUUUUUGAUCGUCUUGAGCGAGGAUUUCUGUAAUUGUCAGAAAUAUUAGGUUCCAACCUGCCAAUUAAAGCGAAGCCAUGGCUGCCGAUUCCGCAAACCAAGCCCGGCACGACCUGGACGACGUCUCCCUUGCGAAAUACCUGACGACCAAGAUCCCGGGUAUCGCAUCGCCGGUUAAAUCUACGAAGAUUGGAUAUGGCCAGAGCAACCCGACAUACUUUGUGGAUGAUGCUAGAGGCCAGCGAUAUAUCCUGAGGAAGAAGCCGAGCGGCACGAUCAUUUCUCCUGUCGCACAUCAGGUAGACCGCGAAUUCCGGGUGUUGGAAGCUCUGGGGAAGGUUAAAGAUUUCCCGGUUCCCAAGGUGUUCUGCCUGUGUAUGGAUGAUUCAAUCAUCGGGACAGCGUUCUAUGUCAUGGAAUUCGUCAAAGGAAGGAUAUUGACUGACGUCGACCUCACUGAACUCAGCUCGUCAGACCGAAGAAAAGCCUGGUUCUCCCUUGUCGAAACCCUCGCCUGGCUACACAGCAUUAACCCAGACGAGAUCGGCCUCACCGGCUACGGCAAGACCACCGGAUUCUACACCCGCCACUGUAACACCUUCUCCCGCAUCGAAGCCCAGCAAGCCAAAGUUCGCGACAUCAAGACCGGCCAACUCCUCGGCCGCGCCCACGAAAACUUCGACGAGAUCGUUGAUUACGUUCGCGCGAACGUGCCGACUGACCGGGCGUCGAUCGUACAUGGCGACUACAAGUUCGACAACGUCGUGCUGCACCCGACCGAGCCGCGGGUGAUCGCGAUCCUGGACUGGGAGCUGUCGACCAUCGGACAUCCGCUCAUGGAUGCGGUGUAUGUGGUCAGCCCAUACUGGCAGAAGAUCAGCAAGGCGUUCGAGGAGGAAGGGUGGGCGGCGCACGGGUUCCCGGAUCCGAACGAGUUGAUAGAUCGGUAUACGCAGAUCAACGGCUGGGACCCGCGGAAGGAUAAGUGGGAGGUUGCGAAGAUUUUCCACAUGGUCCGGGGCGGAACGAUUAGCCAUGGUAUCCAGGCGCGGACAGUCACCGGACAGGCGAGCAGCGAUUUCUCGCACAUCUACUAUACCAGAACAAAGGAGUACUUUGACAAUGCGCUGGCUAAAGUAAGGCAGUUGAAGGAGAACGAGAAGGGGGUUAGCAAGUUGUAGCUCAAUCAUCAGUAGAACAGAUGCUAUGUAUUCUCUCUUGUUGAGGUUGAAUCUGUCUAAUUGGAUUUGAACCGCGACCGCUACGUCAUGCAGACCUCGGGGGCGAGGGACUAGAAGU